GAGAGAGCUGAAGAAUAUGUUGCUCACUGAGCUAUCAAUCCUUCUCACAAAGGUUUAUAUAUUUAUAUUGCACUGGUUUUGUUUUUAAAAUUUCCAGUGCUUCUCUGCUUCAAUUAGAGGUGGUAAUGUGCAUCUCAGGUAGCUGGGAUACAUUGUUAAAUCAACUAAAGUAGCUGGAAUAAAUUGUUAAAUCAGACAAUUGACAGUCAUUCCUGUCUGUCCAUCUUUAAUCCAAGAUUCACAAGUACAUGUGGCCAUUCUCCAGGAAUUCUGAAUGAGGUGACAGACAAGUAGCUGUAAAUGUAAUGUAUGAUAUUUACAGUACUUGAGAAUAAUGAUAAUCAAUGUCAUCUGAAUAUUUGUCAGUCCAAUUAAAGAAAAUAGGAUCAGUCCGGCAAUUUUUUGGCUUCCAUAGUAUCUUACAAGUUAUAAUCCUUAACUUCCCUGCCAAAGACAUUCUAAAAUACGGCCAAUAAAAUCUCUCUAAGAUGUUAACAUAAGUGGGCUGUUUUAAGUAGAUAAAUUUGCAAAAAAAAAAUUCUCUACAAGACUUCCACAUAGUGAUAUCUAUCAUAGCACAGGAAGACAAAACACACAUGAGGUUUAGCAUCUCACAACAAACAUAAAAUUUCAACCUAAAACAUAUAGUUUAUAUGAAUAGCUCUUUAAUGAAUGAAGCCAAACAGAUUUUUUAAUUCAUCUACAGCUCUUUCAAGAUUAUCUGGGCACACAUUGCAGUCUUUUUCCUGCCAUUUUGAUGUAAGACAUAGUGAAAUUCAAGCAGUUUAACUAAGAUUCUUAAUGUUACAUUGUGCUGAGAGACAGAAUUCAAGAGGCAAUAUAGAGAAAUAUUCUGGAGAGCUGAAUCACAACUGAAGAUUUGUAUUGGCAGGGCUUCAGCGAACAAAGAUAUUAAUGGAUACAUCUAUGUCUUUGCUCUACCAGCGUCACUACAUAGAAGUCUGUUUCACCUGUGUAUGUAGCAGGACAUUUGGAUAGAAGUUGUCCUAUACCUUCAGGGACAGAGAAAUUGAAGUCACAGAGUCUCAUACAAUUCAGGUUGGAAGGAAGCUCGGGAAGCUGGUCAGCCUUACUGUUCCUCUUAUACUGGCAGCUUUUGCUUGCCUUGGUGUUUAUAUGCUUCUUCUUUGGGCUCAGCCAUGUCUCUCUGUUUAUGUCCACAGCAUCAAUUCAUCUGCCUGAGGGUUGGAUGCUGCUCAUGUUGGACAAAGCCCUGCAAGAAAAUCCCCCCAGUUGGUUUUCUAGUUUUAAGCAGUCAGGGGCACAAAUUUCAGGAGGGUGGGGCUGGCCCUAAAACAAAUGGGGACUUUUGGAAGGGUUUCAGAGGGGUAUUUCCACCCUGCACUGUGAAGUGGAAGAGGGAAGGAAGAGGCAGAACAGCUGCAGCAGCUGGAGUUGCCAGGAUCAGCUUGCCUAGCAACCCCCUUCUUAGGCAAGGGUAUCUAAUUCAGGAGCAACAGCAACAUCAGAAGCAGCCCUGACACUUGUUGAGCUGGGUGCACAUUAGGGAGCAUGGGAGCUGUCAAAUCACCAGCUGUAGAGCUCCGAAGCCUCCUCAGUUUUUUGGUGGUAUUAGUGGAGGGGUGGCAUGAUUUAGAUAACAAAGACUAUGACUGUUGGCCGUUGGAAAGUCCAGAUGAGUAUAACAUGCUGGACUGCGGAGGGCUGGAGAUGUCAUGGGUGCAAAGGCCUCCAGAAAAGGCUGUGAGUGGGGAAUCCUUCAACGUGACCUAUGCCGUCUUCGCUUCAGAUAGUUUUUAUCAAUAUGCUGUGCAAAAUGGAAUACUUUCCCACAGCAAUGCUACUGCUGCAAAGGAAUUCUGUGAGGAGCAUGACUGUCCUGCCAGAUGGAAAGAUGCAAAUGGGGACAACUGCUGUGUCUACCAUGCCAACAUACAUUCCUGUCCUUUGGCCUUCAUGGCUAAAGGAGGAAUAUGUGGUCCAUGGAUCCCAGAUGAUGGUCAGAUAUUUACUCACACUUUGUCUACUGCUGGAAAAAUGAGCCAAAGGAACUGGACUGCCAAGGUUGUUUUAGUUCAUGUGGGUGUGACUUCUCUCAUCGCACACAUCAGAGUUGGGAGAAUCCAAGCUGCCCUGGAAGCAAAAACCACAGUCCUUCCUGCAGUAGUCUGUGGAGAUGGCUUUUGUGAGGAAGAAGAAGGCUGCUCUAUCUGUCCAGCAGACUGUGGGGAGUGCCCUCUUUCUGUUGAUGUUAGGAUAGCAAUUGCCUUACCAAUAUGUUUAGUCUGCGCUGGCUUCACUUUGACAGUCGUGUGGCUUCAAUAUCAGAAACAAAAGAUGCUUUGGGAUGAAAGCUGGAUUAUAGACUUCACCUGCAUCAAACAAGAUUACAUUAUACAGACAGCAACAGGAAGCAUGAUGAGUGCUCCCCCAGCACUCAGUGACUCCAGCGUCAGUUGUGUUACUGCUCUGAGCUCCUGCACAGCAGCUGCCAGCAUGUCCAGGAGGAAAUACUUCACUCAGACUGGGAGAUAUGAUGGUAGAACAGUGGCCAUAAAAAAAAUAAUGAAGAAGGCAUUCACACUGUCUAAAACCAUACGUAAAGAAGUAAAGCAAGUGAGGGAACUUGACCAUCCCAAUCUCUGCAAAUUCAUCGGAGGAUGUAUAGAAAUUCCAAAUGUUGCCAUUGUCACAGAGUACUGCCCCAAAGGCAGCCUGAAUGAUGUGCUCCUCAAUGAAGAUAUUCCUUUGAACUGGGGUUUCAGGUUUUCUUUUGCGACUGAUAUUGCUCAAGGAAUGGCCUAUCUCCACCACCACAAAAUGUAUCAUGGACGGUUGAAGUCUAAUAAUUGUGUGAUAGAUGACCGGUGGGUUUGUAAAAUUGCAGAUUAUGGCUUACAGUCAUACAGAAAAGAAGAUUUUCCUGAUGGAUCAAAUUCAUCUGAGCAGCAUUUGAUAGAGAUUUACACAGCUCCUGAAAUACGUGCUCUUUCAGAUUUUGAACCCAAUUCCAUGUCUGAUGUCUACAGUUAUGCUAUCAUUUUACUAGAAAUUGCCACAAGAAGUGACACUUUGGGAAAAGAUGAUGUGCAUUCAGCUGAAUAUUCUUGGUGCCCACCUUUGGCAGAAUUAAUUUCAGGAAAGGAUGAGAAUUCUUGCCCAUGUCCUGCAGAUUAUGUAGAGUUAAUUGAAAGGUGCAGAAAAAAUAAUCCAUCCCAAAGGCCUACGUUUGAACAAGUAAAGAAAAUGUUGUACAAGAUGAAUCCUGUUAGCCCUGUUGACAUGAUGAUGACUCUGAUGGAGAAAUAUAACAAACAUCUGGAGAUACUGGUUUCUGAGAGAACCCAGGAUUUAAUGCAUGAAAAACAGAAGACUGAUCGUCUGUUGUACAGUAUGUUGCCAAAACAAGUAGCAGAUGAUCUCAGGCAGGGAAAACAGGCACAAGCUCAAAGUUAUUCAAGUGCCACCAUCUUCUUCAGUGACAUUGUUGGCUUCACUGAGCUGUCCAGCAGCAGCACACCAUACCAAGUGGUAGAUCUCUUGAACAAGCUUUAUACCACUUUUGAUGAAAUCAUAGACAACUAUGAUGUCUAUAAAGUGGAGACAAUAGGAGAUGCCUACAUGGUGGUGUCAGGAGUACCCAAGGAGAAUGGGAUCCUUCAUGCUGGUGAGAUUGCAAGCAUGGCUUUAGACCUUCUGGAUGUCUGCAGGACUUUUAAGAUCCCACACAAGCCUAACACCCUUCUAAAGAUAAGAGCAGGAAUACAUUCAGGGGCAGUUGUAGCUGGUGUUGUUGGAACCAAAAUGCCACGGUACUGUUUAUUUGGAGAUACUGUGAACACAGCUUCUAGGAUGGAAUCUACCAGUGAAGCUCUUAAAAUACAGUGUAGUUCAAGUGCAUACCAGCUGUUGGAGCAGAUUGGAGAGUAUGUGUUAGUAUGCCGUGGGAAUUUACAAGUCAAGGGGAAAGGAGACAUGGUCACAUACUGGCUUGAAGGUAAGAAAGCUUCUGUCACCCAGAAGGCAGCCACCAGCACUUCUGUGACUCCACAAGAUGCCAACAGAGUUUCAUACAGUCUGAUACCAGGUGUCCUUCCUAGUGACCCUCUCUGAAGUCCUGCUUCCUAGUCACUAAUUACUCCAGUAUCCCUUUUGCUGUUAGGUCUAUUAGGUCAUCCUGCUGAAUUAGAAAAUUAGAAAAGAGAUAAUACGCCCCAUUUAGCCUUGUGAAUGUAAAUAAGGCCUAGUUCAGGCCUUAUUUACAGAUGUUUCUCCCAGCAGUGGCACUGGAAAUACAAAAGAAAGCAAAAACCCAUCUUAAGGAAUAAAACAUAGAAACGGCCCACCAGCUACCAGAGCAGAAAGUAGCUCCCGGUGUUACUUCUUUGGUAGCGAAUGCUCAGCCAGCAGCCACCAUGACCUCAAAAUCAGCUGGUUGGACAUUCCAGCCUGUGAGACAUUCCAUUCCUGCUCCCACAGGAAGGGAGACAGUAUAGUGCUGCUGUUUAGUUGUAUCAUAAACCCUGUGUGCAUGGUUGGUUUUGUGCUGUGAAAGGGAAAAAUGAAGUGUGUGUUGUGUGAGGAAGUAAGAUCCAUCAAAGGAGAAGGAUGAAAAAAAGAGCGGAGAAAUUAUAGCGGAUACAAAUUGAAGCAAGUAUUUGUACUCCUACUUCCAUUUAAAUCUCCACUGUCUGGGGCAUAGAAAGAAGAAUUAAGUCUGGUGUGUUUCCACAGAGCCAAUUCCUAGUCACACCCGCCAUCUUGUUGCAGAAAAUCUUGGUAGAGAAAUGCAAGAUGUUGUGUGCUGUUGCUAAACAGGGUAAAGUUCACUACAACUGCUCUUGUCUUUGGCUUCUCUGGGAUUUCUCUGAAAAACAGCUCUUAACAUUAGCUGAAGUUUUUGCUUUGACUAAACUGGUGGUGAACCUACUGUUGCUGGAUAGCUGUCUGUCAGUGAAAUCAGUCAGCCCUCUGAGUCACUGUGUAAUUUAGGACACAGUUUAGGAAAGGUCAUUCCUGAGCCAGCAUUUCCUGUAAAGAGAGAAGCAUCACUACAAGCCGAGUAAUUUCUAAAUGAGCAUGAUUCUGUGAGCAUUGCUGGUAUUGGCUUUCUUUGAACACUUAGCCUUUCAGGGCUAAUCUAUUUUGAAAAGUUUAGCCUGUUCCUGUUCAACUGGUUAACAAACAAUCUAACAGAAUAAGUGAAACUAAGAGACAAAGAGUCAAAGCAUUUCCACCAUAAUGUGAACUAGACUGGAUAAAGCUAAUUGGGAGGAGAUUAAAAGGAAGGACUUUGAGUGACAUAGCACCACUUAAUCCUGCUUAUUCUGCUCCCUCCAGUCUGUCCCUACUUCUUAGGUACAAGUACAAAAACAUGCCUGUAGUUGUAAUAUUUCUGGUUUAAAUUUAUGGAGCUUAAGGAAGCAGCUAACUAUUUGUUCAUGUUUCUAUGUAGCUAGCAUAGCUACAUAGCUACACAGCUGAGCUACAACUUUUAAUUCCAAGUAUGUGCUACUUGACAGUGAUAGGAAUGUCACACUACAGUCUUCAGCUCCUGUGAGAAGUAAAUGCAGCGGUAAUGACAGAUUUUCAGGGAUGCCUAAAAAAGGUAGAAAGUUAAAUACUUCCAAAUUUUGGGAUUUUUUUUGAACUAUACAGAAAAGAUGUAUAUCUUUCUGAGUGAAAGUAAGUCUCAGAAGACUGUGAAUCUCAGUGAGGGACACAGACAUAGCUGACUUUGGCAUAUGAGAUCCCAACAUAAAGUCCAGCCAAAUUUUUUUAAAAUCAAAAUUUUUAAUUAGUUUCACAUUUUUUCUAAGCUUAAAAAUUCCUUUCUCUUUUUAAAAAUUUCAUAUUAGAGGUAUAGUACAAUUACUGGUUUUGUAAUCUUAGCAGAACAAGCCUUUCAGUUAUCAGUAGCCCAGAGAUAUCCUCUAAUACAACCAUUUCUUUUUCCAAAUGCUUUUUAUAAACUGUGAAACUGUCUGCUUUAUUACAGUGCUUUACGAUGUAUUAAAUAUUCUACAUUAUUAUCUUAAUGAGCUGGCAUUUGUUUACAUUUUUAUUAAAAAGGUGCAUAUCCUUAACAAAUAUGGAUGUGAAAGUGUAUGCUUUGUCCAUAGUAUUUCAGUUUUAACUCUUCUGCUUUAUUUUAAUGUUUUCUAUAGAAUUAAAAGAUUUUUUUUAAAGUGUCUUAUGAGUUUAAAACCUUCUAAAUAGAAACGAGUGAUGGGUGACCAACAGCAAGCUUGCUGGAUUGGCAGCUUUAACCACUGAUGAGUCUUUGGGUAGUAUUCAAGUUCUGCUGAAGACAGCUGACUUCUGCAGUCUUAGAGCCUGGUGGUUUUCUAUAAAAGAGGUACAGCCUGAAGAGUGCCUGGGUCACCCUACCUGAGUUUUAUUGUUACUUUUUCUGAUCUGCUCCUUCAACAGAGCAUCUCCAGAGUAAGAAUUAUUUUCUAUAGACUGUUGAAUCUGUCAUAUCUUUCCUAAAACUUCAAGCAAUAGUCCUUAGUGUCAGUUUGUCUGAUGACUGUGAU